AUGGAUGACGGUGGCGCCAGCAUCCCCUGUCCCGUGUGCAACUAUGAUCUCCGCAAGUUUGAGCUCGUGACACGAGCCGCCCACGUCGAGGCGUGCUUGAACCCGCCGAAACGGUUUAAAGGGUCCUGGUCGCACCGGGUCGCCUCCAAGGCCACCACUAAAACUACGAAAACAAACGGUACCGCUAAUGGAUCAACGACUAAGGUCAAGCGAGAGGUGUCAGUUGAUCAACAAAUGCUAAUAAAGAGGGAAGUUUCGGUGAAGCAGGAAGUUGUGGAUGAUGAUGAAGUCUCUAUUGUUGAGGUCAAGAAGGAACCAACACCAUCAGCUGGUCUCCCGAUCAAACAAGAAGCUAAGACUUCUACCAGUAUAUCAGUGAAACUGGAAACAACAACGUCAGUUAAACGAGAGGGCACAACUACUCCCAAAACAACAAACUUGAAAAGUCUACCGCCAAAGGCUCAGGAGCAACACAAGUUCACCAACAAACCUCAAACAACGCCGUCACUGACCAAACAGAUCAAACCUCCGAAAACCCUCGUGCUGCGAGGUCGAGCCAAGCGAGAUAUACCACCAGUGAAAAUCAUGACGUUUCAAACUGGUUAUGCCACGCCAUACACCAUCGCUGUCGACGCUUUCAACUUCAACCCUCACCCCAUCAUCGAUACCUAUGUGCUCACCCACUUUCACGGCGAUCACUAUGGUGGGAUCUCAAAGCAGUGGAGUUACCAGCGUGUAUUCGGCGACGACCAAGACUACGAUAACGACGCCAAGUACCGCCACAUCAUUCUCUGCACUCGCAUUACCGGAGAAUUGCUUACGAUGCGAUUUAGUGUUGAUCCUCGCUUCAUCCAACCAUUGGACCUUGAUACUCGAUAUUGUCUUCGCCAUUAUACCCCUGAUGGUAUUAAAACUGUGGAAGUGCCAUCACUGGAUACCACCACUGCUGGUCUCUAUGUUACCCCCAUUCUGGCCAACCACUGUCCUGGAGCCGGUAUCUUUCUCUUUGAAACCAUCACCACUUCCGGCAGUCGCCAAUACCAGCUCCACUGUGGUGACUUCAGAGUGUCGCAUGCUAUGCUCAUGAACCCAGCAUUACAACCAUUCCACCGCCAGUUGACAUUGGAGAAAGUAUACUUGGACACCACUUAUAUGUCCCCCGAAUACAUCUUCCCUAAACAGGAGACGGUAUGUGAGACUGUCGCCGAUCUAUUCCAUACCCUUUGCAACAAAGACGACGUCUACUCCGAGUGGUUUGGCGGCAAACGCCAGGCUCGUAUCACUGACAUGCUAUUCAACGCUGCCGCCCGUAAAAAGAAGAAGAAGUUUCUUGUACUUGUCGGUACCUAUUUGAUCGGUAAGGAAAAGCUUGCCAUCGCCAUUCUGCGCAAAAUGAACUGUCCAAUCUACGUGCUGACGGUGAUGAGUCGUAACGACAAGGGGGCGAUUCUUGCUACCUACCAUGAUGAAUACCUUGAUCUGGUAACGACCACUGACGAUCUUGGUGGGGAAGGACCUCAUCAAGUGGUGGUUCAUCUUGUGCCCAUGUCGAUUGUCGGUAAGACUGAUGAAAUGUGCAAAUACUUCAAUCACAACGGCUACCAGGACCACUUUGAGCACUGCAUUGGUAUUCGCCCUACGGGGUGGUCGUUUGUCCCCGGCUCUCGAGGAAUAGCCGAUAAAGAAGGCGCCUACGUCGCUGCAAAGGUACCAAAGACAUUAGCUACUCGCACAGAGUAUAAUAGUGAUGCUAUACUCAGUCAGUCGCCUAAACCGGCGCCGGCAGCGAAGAAACGAGCCAACCCUGAGAUAAAUGUGUUUAGAGUAUACUCAGUUCCUUACUCCGAGCACCUGUCGUUCCGUGAGUUGGCAUUCUUUGUCGUUUUUCUCAACAUCAAGCAAGUGAUACCCACAGUCAACGAACAACUGGCAGCUACGAAAAUGGCACAGAUCAUCGCCCAAUGGCAACUUGCUCGCAAUGUCCGGGAACUCGCUCGGUCAGUUGAUUACGCUGAAGUUGCCGAUAUUUUUGGUGUCGAUGAAGAUUUAGUCGAAAGCCUCGCCAAGCUUUCUCUUGAUGACUUUUAA